UCUCCGGAACCGUGGUUCCACUGUCAACUUUUUUCAAGCAACAUCCCAUUACGGCCUUACAAAAUCGAACGCAGUAAUAUGCAAAGGGCCCUGCUUAGACACUAACACGGAGAGGGAGAGGGAGAGGGAGAGAGAGAGAGAGUGAGAGAGGGUGGGAGGUAGAGGAAGCUUCUCGCUCCUUCCUGCCCCUGUGGAACUAACCCCCACUUCGUACAAUUCCACUCCAUUCGUGCGUCUGCGCGCCAUAUUCCCGUAGCCAAACAAAAGUUGUAGUGAAAUGCUCUGACGCGGGCGACAUAGUCCAAAGACACGAUAGAACAGUAAGUCAGUUUAGUUGGACAGGCAAGGGAGUGCUUGCGAUAACGUGUGUGUGUGUGUGUGUGAGAGAGAAAGUGUGUUUGUAAUUACUGUGUUCGUUAUCUAUGCAAGUGGUUGGUGGCGUUUUUAAGCGCCAUAGCAAGAAAUAAAACCGACGUGCGAGUGGUGGUUGUUGAUUGUUUUGAACCUGGAUUAAAGUGAACGUAACAGCAAAAGAAAUAAACCAUGUUUGAUGUGUUUGGCUCCGUGAAGGGGCUUCUUAAACUAGACUCGGUAUGCAUAGACAACAACGUGUUCCGGCUUCAUUACAAAGCCACCGUAAUCAUCUUGAUUGCGUUUUCGUUGUUGGUUACAUCUCGACAAUACAUUGGUGAUCCAAUCGAUUGCAUAGUCGACGAAAUUCCCCUCGCUGUUAUGGACACAUACUGUUGGAUUUACUCUACGUUUACGAUACCGAAUCGACUGGGAGGUAGGCCUGGUAUAGAUGUGGCGCAUCCCGGCGUUUCCAGCCACAACGAAAAUGACGAAGUCAAAUACCACAAGUACUACCAAUGGGUUUGCUUCGUACUGUUCUUCCAAGCCAUUUUGUUUUAUGUACCUCGCUAUCUAUGGAAAACGUGGGAGGGUGGACGGAUCAAGAUGUUGGUACUAGACCUAAAUUGCCCAGUAGUAAGCGAAGACUGCAAAGCCGAUCGAAAGAAGCUGCUGGUAGACUACUUUUCAACGAACUUACAUACACAAAAUUUCUAUGCAAUACGCUUCUUCAUCUGCGAAGCGCUUAACUUCAUCAAUGUUGUGGGUCAGAUCUACUUUAUGGAUUUCUUCCUGGAUGGGGAAUUCACCAACUAUGGCGCCGAUGUUAUCAGGUUUACUGAAAUGGAGCCAGAGGACAGAGAAGAUCCAAUGAGUCGUGUGUUUCCCAAGGUGACAAAGUGCACAUUCCACAAAUAUGGUCCUUCAGGUACGGUGCAGAAGUUCGACGGACUCUGCGUGUUGCCCCUAAACAUCGUGAACGAGAAGAUCUACGUGUUCCUGUGGUUCUGGUUCGUGUUCCUGUCUGUGGUGACUGGCAUUGCGCUGCUGUACCGGGCUGCUGUAAUCAUGGGCCCGCAGAUACGCAUGUACCUACUCCGGGCCAGAUCUCGUCUAGCACCGCAGGAGCAGAUAGAAGCCAUAUCCCGCAAAUGCCAGAUUGGGGACUGGUUCGUCCUGUAUCAGCUUGGUAAGAACAUCGAUCCACUCGUCUACAAAGAACUCGUGGCGGACUUGGCCAAGAAGUUAGAAGGAAAAGAAACAGUGUAAAAAUAUCCAUGUGCCUUGUCGUUUUGUUUUAUAAAAAAACUAAUAUGAAUUAUAAAAAGAAAUCUAAUGGGAUUAGCUGAGGCAAAGUAGGCGUAAUUAUUGUGUUCAAUUCAUAGGUCGCCACGUAGCGCAAACAAAACUUUGCCUUGUCUCCAUGCACCACCUGCAUCAGCUGGUAUUAUAGGUUAUGUUCACGAUGAAGCCUGACACCACUGUCUGGCAGUGACGUGCUAUAAGCUGAUUCAAGUUGUGCGUGGGCUCUAGAUACAAGAUGAAAUAUUUGAUUCCUGUGAUGUAUUAGAAGACUGGAUGGAGGUUAUGGCUCGUCACGAAUUUGGUACACAUGGACCUGCAUUUCAUGUAGCCUGCAAUGCCAGGAACAAUACUAUUUGCUUGUUUGCAUAAUAGAUUUUUUUAUUUUAAUAUUUGUUGUGCAGACUGUUGGGUAUUUGAUCUUAAUCUGGGCCAGAAAUUUGAAUGGUGGUAAGGUCUAGAUUCUGUUUUGUCUUUUUAAGUUUCCGUAGUAAAUAGUGACUUCACUUCUGGCAGAAGCUUCCAGGAAAAGAAAGCAAGCAAGACAUUCUGCCAUUAUGUUCCCCCUAUUUCCAACAUCAAUUUUCACUGUUGAGUUUUCUUGUACUCAUAUUUAUUUAAUUGUAGUUCUAAAAUUUAGUGUUUGCAUUGGUUAACAUGUAAGGAUUUUAAUCUCAAAUAAGUGGGACCAACUUUGUUUUGAUAUUACAUCAAUUGUCUUGCAAACACGUAAAUGUUCGUGAUGUCUGUCGAUGACUUUAACGUUUCUCAGUUACCCAUUUAGUAAAAGUCUUUGAAUAUGUAAAACAAUAUAAAGUGUUGGAAAGACAUAUCAGAUUUAAGGAUUCAAAAAAGAAUCCUUGCUCCCUCUUUCCAGCCUAAAACAUUUUUAUAAACAUCUGUUGUGGAGUUGUGUUUUGUUGAGUGGUAAACUGUUCAAUUAAAUGAAUUUGUUCGUGAAAUUACAAUGACAAAUUAGUGAAUAAGAAAUAGAAAGGUUCUUGCAUUCCUAACAGUAAUAAUUUACAUUCUGAAUCCAUAUCUAUAGUUUUUAAGUACAUGAAUAUAUUCUGUGAUUAAUAUUGCAGUUUCCAGAAGUGCCAACAGAUGUUGCUGCUGUGAUGGCAAUGUAACAGAACUGUUACAGGCAAUAUCGAUAUUCAUAUGGAAUUGAAAUGUUUCCACUUGCUUUUUUCUUAAUAUACUAGAAUCUAUUCAUAUUAUUUCCACGUAAUUCAGUUAUGAUUUAACACAUAACUCAGUUUCUGGAUGCUGCAAUUUUACCAAUAAUUAUUCUAGUGAUAGUAUUUGUAUUUUUCUUCAAGGUUAAGCAAUAUCCAUUUUAAAUGUAUGAUUAAGUUUUUCUUAUGCAAAAUUGUCUCGAUACAUUCCGCAUUGAAGGGGCCACAGCACAUGUCCUUUCAUUUUCCUUGUCAAAAAGGACAUUUUUCUAUUAUCAUACCCUAAAUGUUUUGAGAGCAAUAAUCACCUUAUAUAGCAGUGCAUGGUAUAGUUGUCACGUUUAAAAUGGGGGAGGCACAGCUGUAUAUUGGAGACCAUCGCAAUAUUACGUUUUGAAUUUGAUUGUAAGGAAAGAAAGACAAGCCACAGUCAAUGUCUUGGAAUAGUAAACCAUGCUUUUUGGCAGUAGUUGGAAAUUUGUACGUGUGGUUUUCAUUUAGAUGUGCCAACUGUUUAUUGAUGAUAAUUACGUCGCACGAGAUAAUAUUCCCCAUUUCUGACUACUGUUGAUGAACUUCAGUUUCAGGUCAAGCCAAGCCAUUCCACUUUCUGUUUGAAUUGUGAGAGAUCGUAUUUCGCAAAAUCUUUUUUAAUGCUGUUUUAUUAAAUAUACUGCAAAAUGCUUUGAUUCGUUUAUUGUGGGCAAAAAAGAUUAAUCCCUAGAAAAAACAAGUUGGUAGCAAUGAUACACAUUGAUAUUGGCUAUUGUGUCAUUUGAUCAGUGUUGAGUAGCCUGCUUUGACACACUGUACGAAGGGCAAAUCGUUAAGAAUGUUUUCUAUUAUAAUUGUGUGUACAUUUGAAGAAGCGUUACUUAAAAUUUGCCCUUUGAAUAAUGACAUUUUAUAUUAUGUAUAUUCUUUAUAUUCUGUGUAAUGAUGCAUGUAAUGGUAAGUCAAGUAACCAUUCCAAUAUCACAAAAGAAGUGAAACUCAAGUAAUCCAUGUGCCUUAGACUCACUAUUGUUAAAUACUUCGAUCUAAGACCAUUUUCUACAAGGCUGAAAAAUUGUGAUAUUCUUUGUCGGGGGUUUCAUUUUUACAAUUCAAAUUGCUCAGAUUUGAAGUGAAGUAUGUCCAAAACUUCGCCAUUUCUAUGUCAUCGCUACUUUUACACUGGUCAUGCUCUUAUCUGUCACAUUUUGAAUAUGUAAACAUAGCCUUGUGGCUUAUAUUUUUGGACAUCACUGUACACAAGGUACAUUCCUCGGUUAUCUUUUGUUGUGUCAGUUGUAUGUAGAAAACCCUAAUGAAUGGGCCUCUUUUAUUUGUAAGCAACCAUUUACCAUGUUCAUCCAAUAAAUACACUGCUUAUAUAGUUUUUUCA